GAACCCGGAAGUAGCGUUCAGAUACAAAUGUAUUGCUGAUCGAGUGCCAGCGGCCUUCUGAUCAGCUGUCUGUCUGCGGUUCAUAUUCAGCAACAAUGCGAGUCCCACACGUGUCAAGCUCUCCACGCAUCCAGGCGGUGUUGACCAGCUCAUCCUCGGGUCUAGAGGGCUUCAAAGCUCACGCCGUCUUCCAGGAGAUCAGUAAAAAGCUGCAUGAGGAUGGAGAGCAGUUUGUGAAGAAGAUCAGAGGUGUGUUUGCCUUCAAGGUGAAGGACGGGCCGGGAGGAAAGGAAGCCAUCUGGAUCGUUGAUGUUAAGAACGGAAAAGGCUCUGUUCACAAUGAUGCCGGCAUUCUUCCAGGGCAAACUGAAGAUCACCGGAAACAUGGGCAUGGCAAUGAAGCUUCAAAACCUGCAGCUGCAGCCGGGCAAAGCCAAGCUGUGAGAGGCGGAGCCUCCAAUAAGGCGGGGCCUCAAGUAGCCCCUCCCACCGAGUUCACUCUGUUAGAGUAG